CAGCGGCCGCCGUAUCGGCUGCUCCUCCCGCUGCUGCUGGCCGCGGCUGCGCGCGCGCUGGGGUUGCGGCGGGCGGCGCGCGCUUUUCAACCGCCAUGAGCCUGUGGGCAGACAAGUACCGGCCCGGGUCCCUCGGCAGGCUGGACUACCACCGCGAGCAGGCGGCGCAGCUCCGCAACCUGGUUCAGUGUGGUGACUUCCCUCAUCUGUUGGUGUAUGGACCAUCAGGAGCUGGAAAAAAGACGAGAAUAAUGUGUUUGUUAAGGGAAUUGUAUGGUGCAGGAGUGGAAAAACUGAGGAUUGAGCAUCAGAGUAUAACGGCACCUUCUAAAAAGAAAAUUGAAAUUAGCACCAUUGCAAGUAAUUAUCACCUUGAAGUUAAUCCAAGUGAUGCAGGAAACAAUGACCGUGUGGUAAUUCAGGAACUCUUGAAGACAGUAGCACAAUCCCAACAGCUUGAGACAAGUACUCAACGAGAUUUUAAAGUGGUACUGUUAACAGAAGUCGACAAACUCACUAAAGACGCUCAGCAUGCUUUGCGACGAACAAUGGAGAAGUACAUGGCGACCUGCAGGUUGAUCCUGUGCUGCAACUCCAUGUCAAAAAUUAUAGGACCUAUUCAAAGCAGAUGCCUGGCUGUACGAGUGCCUGCUCCCAGCAUUGAAGAUAUCUGCCAUGUCUUGUCCAGUGUGUGUAAGAAAGAAGGCCUGACUCUUCCGCAGGAACUGGCUCAGAGGCUUGCAGAGAAAUCUGGCAGGAAUCUUCGGAAAGCACUACUUAUGUGUGAGUCCUGCAGAGUACAACAGUAUCCUUUUACUGCUGAUCAAGACAUUCCUGAGAUGGACUGGGAAGUUUAUUUGAGAGAAACAGCAAAUGCUAUUGUCGGUCAACAGACACCACAAAGGCUUUUAGAGGUCCGUGGACGGCUUUAUGAGCUCCUGACACACUGCAUCCCUCCUGAGAUUAUAAUGAAGGGCCUCCUGACAGAACUUCUAAAUAACUGUGAUGGACAACUGAAAGGAGAAGUUGCACAGAUGGCAGCCUUUUAUGAACACCGCCUGCAACUGGGCAGCAAAGCCAUUUAUCACCUGGAAGCAUUUGUAGCAAAGUUUAUGGCAAUUUACAAGAAGUUUAUGGAGGAUGGACUAGAUGACAUGAUGUUCUGACUCUGAUGCCCAAAGUCGUACAUAGAAUGUUGUAUCAUGCUGCCAAUAAUGUUGCAGACAUUGUCUGCUUGUCCAUACUUGAUUGCAUGUGGGUCUAGUUCAGAGGCAAAUAUUUUAUUUUUGCCUUUGAACACAGUGAACUAAACAGUGUUUGUUCAGUUUUAGAAACCAGAUGGAUUGUUUGACAGCCACAAAUCCAUCUUUCAAUCCAUAUGAAAUACUUUCAGAAGAGAGAACGUGGAUGCUGCAUGCUCACUUUCUGAUUGUUCCUGGGCAAGGCUGUAAGCAAAAGAUGGUUUUUCCAUGUUGUGGUACGUUCCAGUUGGAGCGUGUAUGUUCUGCCUACUGAUUUGUAUUAUCUCACUGUUUGUCUGGCUUCUUUUAUUUUUAGCCACACUAUUUUCUGUGCUGUACUGACACAGAAUGGUUUUUGAGUCUUGUUUGUAAGCAGUCACAUUGAAAUUGUGGAUGAGCAAUGCUUUUGUGUUGCUUGUUACAUGUUGUCAAACUGAUUUACAUUUUGUUUAGAAGGAAUAUAUGAAGCAAGGCCACUUACUGGCUGAUGCUUUCAACAUACAUAAUGCUGUUCAGGUAAAGAUUAUUCCUUUGACUGUGGUUUAACCCAGGGUAAGGUUUCAACUUUUAACAAAUAUUAUUUCACUUCUUAAAAUGAUGUGAUGUUUUUAAAAUGGCAAAAUAAAUUGUAAAAAAUAAUGAACAAUAAAUGAAAUGCUGAAUUAGUGUUUUACACUGUCUGUGA